UGUAAAUUGGAAAAUUGCUUUUCUUGUUAGGUUUAUUAGUUUUAGAAUGCCUUUCGGGUUGAAACCUCGCUGCACUAUGUGCAAAACGACCUCUUCGUCUAUGUGGAGAAAAAACGACGAAGACGAAGUUGUGUGCAAUUCCUGCUCUGUACGAUCGUCAACCAUCAAUUCUAAUAAGAGCAAUGGAAACGCUUGUCCAUUCACUCUGCGCAAAAGUACCCGUGCUAAAAGUUCCAAGUUCAAGCAGCAAGUUUUAACAAAAGGAAGUACUCCGAAAGGCAAAAGUCGGAGAUCAAUAUUCAAAAAAACUUGCACCAAAGCUCCUACAUCUGUCGCCACCCCUGUCACAUCGCAGAGCUUAUUCUUCAAAGGUACCUACUACCAAGUGGGCGACAUAGUAUCUGUUGUCGACAUCAAAAGUGGUGGUGUUUACUACGCGCAGAUUCGUGGCUUACUUCAGGAUCAAUACUGCGAAAAGAGCGCUGUUAUCACGUGGCUUCUACCAACGAAAUCGAGCCCUAAAGGUCGGUUCGAUCCUGCUACCUUCAUCAUAGGACCUGAAGAAGAUGUUCCCAGAAAAUUGGAAUGUUUUGAGUUCGUUUGUCACGCUCCAUCCGAAUAUUAUCAAUCGAAAACUUCCCCUUACCCUGUCAUCCCUUCUAAACCCGAAAGUGGUUUCGUGUGGACCCGCAUUGGACCUCGUAUCAUUCCUUUGCCUUCUCAAGAAGAAGUGUUUGGUACAAGUUAAAUCGCAGAUUUGUGAAAAGUUGUUAAAGAAAAAUUCUAUUUUAAUGUUCCAGUUUCCUAUUAUUUUACUUUUUUGCAUAUUUUUCUAUGAGCUAAGUAAACAGAGGCUCUAUAAAAUAUUGCUACAUUUGUUGUUAUAGUAGUAUCAGCAACUUUGGUUUUGAGUUUUGU